CACAACCACCUCACUGAAGCACCCUGCUUUUUCGGCCCCUCCUCCUCCUCCCUCUCUCUCUCUCUCUCUCUCUCUCUCUCUCUCUCACAGCUUUUCACGGUUUCAUUUCUGUGCUGUUAUCGCUAUCUGCCUCUUAUCUCUUUCUAAAACCCUACCUUUCUCUCAGUAAGGAUGGCGGCUAAACGCUCGCGAAUUGCUCGCUCCUCCAGCUUCGGCGACACCAGCGUUCUCAACCAGGUCCUACCUCCGCCGAAUACCGCCUCGCCGGAGCUCCAUUACGAUGUGCGUAAGGCUCCCUCCACUGCAAGGCCGCCGCCUAGCGUUUCAGCGGAGAGCGAUCAUCCUCCGCCGGGGAUUCUGACAUUGGCGUCCCCGGAUGUUGAGCAGGACAGCCUUGUGUGGCAAGUUGGUAAUUUUUUUGAGAAAUGUUACCGCUGCAAGAGGAGCAUUUCCGAGGAUGAAGAAGUCUUCAUGUACAGCUACUUGCGUGCAUUUUGCUCCUCUGAAUGCCGUGCCAAACAGAUCACCAUGGACAAGCUGGGGGAGGAAGUGUUGGGCAAUCAAUAGAAAGCAAGACUCAAAGCGGCAAAGAAGACUAAUGUGAAGUUGUUUGGUGUUCAACUGUGAAAAUGAGCAUCUUUGUUAUCUCAAAUAUAAGUUGCUGGUACUAAAUUUUGUGGUGCAUAGCUGUCAGGUUUUUUGUGAUUGGCAUGCACUUUCUGCGUAGAAUGACCAUCAUAUGCUAUUAGAUUCUCAUGGUUACAAUAUCAUUUGGCCUUGUAUAGUUACAGUAGUUUGUCGAGGUUCAGGACUGUGUUCUUGAAGUAAUGAUUUUGACCGUGAGUUUCUUUUCA